AUGGAGAAUUAUCAGAAGCUGGAGAAAGUCGGAGAGGGUACUUACGGUGUCGUGUACAAGGCUCGGGACCUUGCUAAUGGCGGACGAAUCGUUGCCCUGAAGAAGAUCCGACUCGAAGCCGAAGAUGAAGGCGUUCCAAGCACCGCAAUCCGUGAAAUCUCCCUCCUGAAAGAGAUGCGAGACCCCAACAUUGUUCAACUGUUCAACAUCGUCCACGCCGAUGGCCACAAGCUGUAUCUGGUCUUCGAAUUUCUCGAUCUGGAUCUGAAAAAAUACAUGGAGGCUCUUCCUGUUACCGAUGGUGGCCGAGGCAAAACACUCCCCGAGGGCACUUCCAUUCGCGUACAGCAGCUUGGACUUAAUGAUACCGUCAUCCGCAAGUUCAUGAUGCAGCUAUGCGACGGUAUUAGAUACUGCCACUCUCAUCGCAUCCUGCACCGAGAUCUGAAGCCCCAGAACCUUCUCAUCAAUAAAGAUGGCAAUUUGAAGCUUGCAGAUUUUGGUCUGGCGCGGGCGUUUGGCGUGCCGCUGAGAACCUACACGCACGAGGUCGUGACGCUCUGGUACCGAGCCCCUGAGAUUCUUCUUGGCGGAAGACAGUAUUCCACUGGAGUAGACAUGUGGUCCAUUGGAUGCAUCUUUGCUGAAAUGUGCACACGCAAGCCUCUCUUCCCAGGCGACUCUGAAAUUGACGAGAUUUUCAGAAUAUUCCGUGCUCUCGGAACUCCAACAGAAGACCUGUGGCCCGGCGUCACAUCAUACCCCGACUUCAAAUCUUCGUUCCCCAAGUGGCAGCGAGAUUAUCAACAGCCGCUCUCUCCUAAUCUCGAUGACAAGGGCCUGGACUUGCUCGAGAUGAUGCUGGUUUACGACCCUGCAGGAAGAAUUUCGGCCAAGCAAGCGUGCAACCACCCAUAUUUUGAGGACUACGUGCCUACUCCAGGAUCGACGACAACACCGGCAACAGCCCCAACAGCAGGUCGCGGUAACAGUUACUUCCACUAG